GAUGCACUCCCUCACCUAAUUGAGUCCAUACGAAAGAGAGCAACAGGGAUAAGGUCUGUGGGAGAGCCUUUCACGAGCUCAAACUUGAGGAAGCAAGAAGCAAAGGAAAUCCAAGAAGAAAAGGGUUGUGUUGAGGAGUCGAAAUCGCCGGAAACCGCCACUUUAAGGGAGCUGUUCGUAGUAGCAGACGACGAAAGCCGCCCAGCUUUCGUGAAAGCCGCCCGGCUUUCACCUUCUGCCCAGAUUUUUCGCUUUCGAUCGGUUCAGAACGGGGGUUGAUCGGAGGGCUUAAUAAAGGCAACUAUUUCAGCACUUCAUAAGUUUCAGGUAGAACUUGAAGAGUUGCUGCCACCACCCGUUGCUUCGGGGAGAUCAAGGGAAGAAGACGUGAAAUGGAACGUACCGGGAAAGUAACUAGAAGGAACCCGACUGGCCAGGCACCGAGAGGGUCCGUGCAAGGCAGUAGAGGGGCUUCUAGAGUGUCCAGGGGGCAAGGCCGUGGAGGCCAAGCUCAGACCGUGAGUGACGGUCAUGUUGAAACAGUAAAUGAGUCUUAUGAGUCCGAGGAGGAUUCGACGUAUCAACCGGGAACAGAGCCGGUUGAGACCCCAUAUGAUGGGGAAUAUGAUGAUGAUGAUGAGGGGAGCGAUGAUGAUGACGCUCUAGAAAGGAUGGAGGAACUACUCCGUCAAUAUCAACAGGAUCGCCAAAGGCGCCGGGCUAGGCGUGCUUUGGGAGCGGCUUCAAGAAGAGGAAGCCAUGUGGGAUCUAGGGGACAUGUAGAGUCCCGAGUAGAUCGGGGUGCUGAGGUCCCAAUAAUAAGGAUCUCGAAGUACCUCAAAGAAGCGAGAGACUUGGGGUGUAAACCAUUUGAUGGAACGGGAGACAUCUCCAUUGCGGCCGAGUGGAUCAAGAGAUUCAAUGAAGCGGCUCUUGAUAUGCAACUGCCGCCAAACAUGAAGAUGAGAGUAGCAACGAGGUUGCUAGAAGGAAUGGCGUCCACGUGGUGGGACGGAGUCAAAGGGAAGUAUGGUGAGAAUGUCACUUGGGAGAAUUUCCGGCAGGAAUUCUUCAACCAGUACUACUCCGACUUCGAGGUAAACUUGAAGAGGAGGGAAUACACCAACUUGACCCAAGGAGGCAGGUAUACCGUGAGACAACUCGAGCAUAAGUUCAGGGAGCUUGCCGAGUUCAUACCGGAGUAUGCAUGCGAUGAGAACCGAAUGGUUAACCACUUCUGGGAUGCUCUGGAUUUAGACGUGCGUGAAAGGGCAACACAGCUGCCUAACAUGACGUUUAGUCAAGUGGUGGAGCAAGGCUUGAAGGGAGAAAAAGAAUGGGAGGAAAGGAAGCUGAAAAACGCCGAGGAGGCGAAGAAGAGAAAAUGGGAGAACGCCGGCCCUCAGGGUUCUAGCAAAAGGGGGAACCACGGAGGAGGUGGAUCUUUCAGAACACCCGCACCACCACCAAGGGGAAACCAAGGCCCAGGGGGGCAAGGCUCGAGGUCACAAGGCUCGGGCAUUAUAAGAUGUAAUAACUGCAAGAGGAAUCAUGCGGGUAAGUGUCGUGAUCCCCCAAGAUGUUACCAAUGCGGGGAGACAGGACACUUGAGAAGCAAUUGCCCGCAACUUGGGCGAGCCGUGAGUGCCGGACCGAGUGGUGGGACCACGAUGAGCAGAAACCGGACAGCGGCACCUCACGCAAACACGGGGCACGGUGGAGCUAGCGCAAGUAAUGCACCGUCCGUGAAUCAAGGGAGGACCCAAGCGAGGGUCUAUGCGAUUACGGAAGCCGAUGCACGUGCUAACCCGGACUCCGUCGCGGUUUCAGGUAGAACUUGAAGAGUUGCUGCCACCACCCGUUGCUUCGGGGAGAUCAAGGGAAGAAGACGUGGUUCGUGCUUCUUCCGUUUCUGUUUUGAAAACAAUCUAAAUAAUGCUCAUGGAUAUUAUUUUUUUGAAUAAUCAUUCAGGGGCUUGUAUGCCCAUGUUUGCCGAGUGUGGCAUAAACACUUGUAUUAAAUGUUUCCGCUGCUUAAAUGAAUAUUUUACAUUAUGCUUGUUU